GUCAGUGUCACUUCCGCUUCCGCCAACUUCCCCUGAAUUUGUGGGCGCGCCGCGCGCGCGAAUGGCGCCGCCGCUUCACAUUCGCGCCAAAACAGUGAAACCCUAGCCCUCCGCCGCUGCACUGCCAUGCCGCCGCCGCCGGCGCCGCCGUCCGUGGAGCGGCAGGUGGCGGAGAUAGCCGCCGAGCCCGACCGCGCCUCCGCGUACGCGCGUCUCCUCCACCUGCAGCGCGCGUGCGCCGAUGACCCCUCCGCGGCCGCCGACCUCGCCGCAGCCUCCCCUUCCAUCCUCCUCCCGCUCCUCCUACGCGACGCCGGUGACCGUGAUGAGGCCGUCGCCGCCUCCGCGCUCAAGUGCCUUGGCUUCACGCUCUACCAUCCGGUCCUCGUCUCCACCGUCUCAGGGCAGAUGGCUCAGUCAGUAUUAGAUACCGUGAUACAGCUAAUCAUGACCACUCAGAUGAAGGCUAUUUGUAAUCUGGGUGUGUGGUGCAUCUCUGUGCAAGAAUUGGAGGCUGUCGUUGUAGAUCAUCGAGCAACUUCUUUGCUAACUGCUAUUGUUCAUGCCAUUGACAAUCCAUUUUGUUCUUUGUCUACAACAUUUGAGGCUGUUCAGGCUAUCAUGAAACUUACGAGUCAAAAUCCAGAAAAAAUGAGGGAACUAUCAAGCAUAUGGGUUCCACCGAUAUACCGAAGACUCUUGAGUGUUGAUAAGGCAGAAAGGGAUAUGGCAGAAAGGUGCCUGAUUAAAGUGUCAUCUGUUGUUUUACCACCACAAUCUCUUCUAUCGAAGGCAAUAGCUUCAGACCUUGAGCAUUCUCUGCUCUCUUGUAUGUUGAAUAUGAUCCAUGAUCCUGUAAAGAAAGUUCAAGCAGUGAAGUCAUGGGGCUGGUACAUAUCCUUACUUGGCUUACAUGUGGUGGAUAAUAGACAUCUACUUAAUAAAAUCCUUAAGGUCCCUGAGCAGUUGUUCAUUGAUUCUGAUACGCAAGUCCAGAUUGCCACAAUGGUUGCCUGGAGAAAUUUGGUGAAUGCAUUUCUUCCUCAGGCUUCGGAGACUUUGGUUCCAAAAACUAAAAUUUCUCCCAUUGAAUCCAGAGCAGAUACAAAUGCUCAGUUGAAAAAGAUAAGGCUAAUUAUGAUGCCUUUGGGUCGAAUUCUGUCAAGAAGUCAUAGUAUUGCUUUAAGUUCUUCCUGCUUGAGCACAUGGCAUCACCUCUUAUAUAAACUUGGUGAUUUGAUAAAUCAGCUACCUAUUCUGGAGGCUGCUUUUGGGCCAGUACUCAAAAUAGUUUUCUCCAUUGGACCAGAUAUUCAGAAUAAGCCGCUUUAUUCAUUUUGUGUCAAUCUGUUUCAUGAAUAUAUUUCAACAAAAGUCCGAGACAUGGCCUCACAUGGAGAGUAUUUGCCCAUUCCACUGAAUCAGAACUUGCUGUCCCAAUCCUGUAUACAUCUCAAGACCUUGAUGGAUGGUCAGUGUAUCAGAUGGUUACCAUGGGAUGUUACUUGCUUUGAUUUUCAUUUGGACAUCCUGGUCUGUAUUGUAAAUCCAGAACUACUUCGUAAGAUGACUCUUGAAAGCGUGGUGACUGUUAUGGAUUCUGCUACGCAUAUUUUCAGAUUGCUUGUUCAGGGAGUUCAAGUUGAUUGUAAAGCAAAAUGUGCUAAUGGCAACGCUCAGAUUUGCGUUGCUAAGGUGUGCAAGUUUGUGAAGAAGGUGUUUAUGGAUCUUGUAGGAAAGCAAAACAACAACAAUUGUUCAGUGUUACUGCAAUAUGCUUUUCAGUUUGUGAAAGUUAUUUUGGAGGAAUUGGAUCAUUGCCUACUGGCUUCUGGAAUCUGUGUGAUAGGCUUAGACAUCGAACACAUAAAAGAGAUGGAAUAUGCAGAUUGCAGCCCAAAGUUAUCAUAUCCAGGAAUGAAGUCAUAUUCUUACAUGGAAAUGGUUUCUCCAGAAGUUUACAUGAUUGUCCUGUCUCUAUCAAUUGUAGCUGAGUUUACUGGAGAGCUCUCACAUGGAGAUGCUGAGCAAUUGGCUAUAAUUAUUUGCUUAUCCAAUUUCCAGGACAAUUUUCAUGCUGCUGUUUCUUUUAUGUAUAAGCAGAUCAUGCUUCUGACAGAUAAUAGGCUAAGAAUGAGAUGGUUGAUGGUGUGGAACAAAAUUGCGAAGCGCUUGAAUGGGCAAAUUACGCCAAACUUAAAAAAAAUUAUCUGCGGCGCAGGUGUCCAUGAUGUACUCUAUCAGUUCUUCUGCUAUCCAUUUUUUGCUUUCCUAUUGCCUGGGAGGAAAUCUACUCUCUGUGGCUCUGAAAGUUCUUCUGAGUCAUACCUUUCUUUGACACAUGACCUAGAGGUGGAAGUGGCUAUUGAGGUUUAUAGAUCCAUUUGUGCAAACUCCAAUCAUGGUCCAGAGGCUGAUCACAAGGUUUUCCUGGAGAGCUUUUGUGGAUUUGUUGUAAGCAUAAUUGAUGAAAACAUCUCCCUGUUCCAAGCCAACAUUGAGUACUGUUCAGAGAAGAAGUUUAAAAAUUGUGCUAUCCUUUCUACUCUUGGCGAACUAGUUAGCGGAUUAUUAGAGAAUGGUCAUAUUUUGAACUACGCUAUCAAAGAGCCAACAGAAGCAAGUGAAGAGUCUGCUGGAUAUAGCCAGCCUAGCAUCCUUCUGUGUUGCUUGAGGCUUGUUAGCAGGUUUAUGGGACUGUCAACUAUUGUUAUCAAAGCAAAUCCAACUACCCAACACCAGAUCAUGAGCAGGGUUUUUUCAUCUUUAUCUGCGUUCGCUGGGUAUCUUCUGUUGAAGAAAGAUGUUCUUCUAUUCUUUGAGAUAAUUGGAGAGCAACUAACUGAAUGUCUCUCUUUAUCUGGCACAUUAUACCGUGAAAUGCAACAUGGGGAAACCAUUAAUCAGAUUGAGAAACUCUGGCUCAAGAUCAUCAUGUGCCUAAAGAUGAGCAAGCUCAUCAAUGAUUGUUCCUUCCUUCAAAAGCAGCAAAUGCUACUUCAAGCGGCAGUCAGUCACCCACAUCGUCCCAUUUCGGUUGCAACUACACCAGCCUGGAGAGCAUCAAGAUAUGAUAUCUCAACCUUGCAGCACUCAUCAUUCUCCCUUUCUAAACUGGAUAAAUUGCCAAUGGAGAGAAGAAAAGAUCUUACUGACCCUUGCACUCCUCACAAUGCCAUCGCGCUCGAAGAAAUCGACAUUUUGAGGAAGUUCAAACACCCAAUUUCUGAGUUGGAGAAGAAUGAUGAAUCUAUUAAGAUCUCUGUGGGUCUAGGGAGAAAGAGGUUGAAGAUCAUGAAGUACUCAAUGAAGCCAAGGGAACCUGGAAAAAGUACAGUUCCUCCUGGUAAUUUUAGCUCUAAAAAGGAUACUGAUGCUGAUGCCUUCUCAUCGCAUUACAUGGAAAGCAAAGCGUGUAGGAAACCGGAAUUAAUACUUGAAAUGCUUAAAAGAAAAAGAUAGAUAUGCCACGAACAUAUUUGCUUGUAUGAUCGUCUAAAAAAAGUUGUAUUCCCGAAAAAAGUUUAUAAGACUGCUGUACAUUUGUAUACAGUUAUACUAAAUUGGUUGUUGGAAUAGAUACACUUUGACUUUGUCAAAUA